AUGUCCAGCCGAGUGGAGGCCUGCCCUGCUGCUGCCUCUCCCACCCAGGACCCAUACUGCCACCGCUCGGGACUGGAAGCUGCGCAUCCAGCUGAGCUAAGGGUAGGGAAAUCCUAUGGACGUACAUCUUGGAAUCAGUGUAGAGAAGUAUUCCUUUGUACUGCAGAAGGUAAUGUGAAUGUGAAAGAAGCAGAAACACACCACAAUGUUCAGAUCCAUGAAAAAUAUGGCACUAGGGAGAAAUCCUAUGUAUGUCAGCAAUGUGGAAAAGGGUUCACCAAAUCUCGACAUUGUAAGCAACAUGAAAGAAUUCACACUGGAGUGAAACCAUAUGUAUGUAAGAAAUGUGGGAAAGCUUUUAACACAUGGACAAAUUGUAAAAUACAUGAAAGAAUUCACACUGGAGAGAAACCCUAUGUAUGUAAGCAGUGUGGGAAAGGUUUCACACAACAUGGAACUUGUAAGCAACAUGAAAGAAUUCACACUGGUGAGAAACCAUAUGUAUGUAAGCAAUGUGGGAAAGCUUUUACCCGACAUGGACUUUGUAAGCAACAUGAAAGAAUUCACACUGGAGAGAAACCAUAUGUAUGUAAGCAAUGUGGGAAAGGUUUCACACAACAUGGAACUUGUAAGCAACAUGAAAGAAUUCACACUGGUGAGAAACCAUAUGUAUGUAAGCAAUGUGGGAAAGCUUUUACCCGACAUGGACUUUGUAAGCAACAUGAAAGAAUUCACACUGGAGAGAAACCAUAUGUAUGUAAGCAAUGUGGGAAAGCUUUUAACACAUGGGGAAUUUUUAAGAAUCAUGAAAGAAUUCACACUGGAGAGAAACCCUAUGUAUGUAAGCAAUGUGGGAAAGGUUUUACCCGACAUGAAAAUUGUAAGCAACAUGAAAGUAUUCACACUGAAGAGAAACCAUAUUUAUGUGAGCAAUGUGGGAAAGCUUUUAACACACGUGCGCAUUGUAAGGUUCAUGAAAGAAUUCACACUGGAGAGAAACCAUAUGUAUGUAAGCAAUGUGGGAAAGCUUUUAACACAUGGACAAAUUGUAAAAUACAUGAAAGAAUUCACACUGGAGAGAAACCCUAUGUAUGUAAGCAAUGUGGGAAAGCUUUUAACACACGGGGAGAUUUUAAGAAACAUGAAAGAAUUCACACUGGAGAGAAACCCUACUAUGGGCCCUUCCAUGGUGCAGUGGUGCUAGAAGCCACCAUAGAAGCCACCGUGCGCAUCUGUGCCUGCUAA